GCCCAUGUUUAAAGAGGUGUUUACUAUAACAACGAAUGAAUAUCGCUACAGUGAGCGACAAAGUACCCUGGAAGAUCGCUUCGGUAGACCAGAGCAGCUGGUAAAAAGUCAAAUCGGGAAAAUACAAGAUGUUGCGCCAAUACAUGAAAACCUCAUCAAGCGAAUAGUGCCAUUCGCCACUAAGGUUCAAAACUUAGCAUCGUUUUUGGAGUCGGCUAAUUGUGAUCAUCACCUAGCGAACCCGACACUCAUGGAUGAACUGUUGGCGAAGUUGCCAAUGCAGAAGAGGAUCGACUGGUCCCGGCAUGCCUUGACGAUAGUACCGAGGCCGAAAAUACGCCAUUUCAGCGACUGAUUGCAAGAGCUUUCGAGAUUGGGGGCAA